CUCAUCAGCUGUCCUCACUGCUCAGUGUUCACCAACUUGCUCCGUUUCCUUAAUCCUUCUACCUUUCUCUCUUUUACUACAAUCUAGCUGUAUAACUGAACUCAGAGCUGUAUUUCUGGUUCAAUUAUUAGCUACAGGCAGUAGAUCUACCAUGAACCCCGCCGAUCACGAUGAGGUCGUCUCGCAGUUCUGCGCUAUGACGAGGGCGCGUCCCGACGAGGCGCAAGAAUAUCUAGCAACAAACGGCUGGGAUCUCGAGGCUGCAGUUACCGAGUUCUUUGCGGAGCAGGACGAGAGCGCGGGGCUAGCUGGACAACAAGACCAACCGGCGGCCGAAUCCUCUUCCUCCACACCUCGAGAAUCCUCCACCUCCCGCAGACAGCCUCCGAAGAAGUUCGCAACGUUGGGUGACCUUACAUCUGGCGCGAACGACAGCGAGGAUGACGACGAUGAUGAGAGCCAAGACUUCUUUGCCGGGGGUGAAAAGUCCGGGCUAGCUGUACAAAACCCGGACGACCUCAAGAAGAAAAUCAUCGAGAAGGCCAAAAAGACUCAACUGCCUUCAUCCGAUGACAACGAACCGAGGCGAAGCAAUUUCACGGGCUCCGCUCGCACAUUAGGUGGCGAUGACAUGCCCAGCAGAGUAGUCGAGACUCCGAGUGCGCCCACUGAGCCGCAAAUUCCUCGUCGCGUACGGAGGACACUACAUUUCUGGGCGGAUGGCUUUUCAGUAGACGAUGGUGACCUGUACCGAUCUGAUGAUCCUCAAAACGCCGAGAUUCUCAAUAGCAUACGACAAGGUCGUGCCCCGCUCUCAAUUAUGAACGCACAACAUGGUCAGGAUGUGGAUGUUGAGAUCAAGCAACAUGACGAGAAGUACGUUAGGCCAAAGCCGAAGUACAAGCCAUUUGCAGGCCAGGGACAGCGACUAGGAAGCCCUACACCCGGUGUUAGGACACCUACUCCGUCUGAGCCGGCGCCUGGCGCUCAAACGAGCUCUGAACCCCCCAAGCCCCAAGUGGAUGAGUCCCAGCCUGCUGUUACCCUACAAAUCCGUCUCGGAGAUGGAACGCGCCUUACCUCCCGGUUUAACACCACUCAUACCAUCGGCGAUGUUUAUGACUUUGUGUCUGCUGCCAGCCCCCAAAACCAGACUCGCCCAUGGGUCCUAUUGACGACAUUCCCUAGCAAGGAGCUCACUGACAAGGCUGCCGUGCUAGGCGAUUUGGCCGAGUUCAAGCGCGGAGGAGUUGUGGUACAAAAAUGGCAAUAGACUACAGGAACAAGGGUCUAAACCGAAAAGCGCCAUUCUAUGGAAUAGCUACUAGUAUAUUCUGACUUUGACAAGACACAGGGCAAAUGAUGAAUAGCAUAUUAGAUAGUGGCGAUAUACCAAAAGAAUGAGAAAUCACGUCGUAGCGUGAAUUGAAGUGCCUUAUACUAGUG